AUGCAGAUCCUUUCCUCGAAAUGCACGGCCACCGUGGCCCUGGUGGCUCUGUCGUCCCUGUCCUGGAUCAACGGCGUCGCCGCCAACAUCAAGUUCUUACCCAUCAACAUUACCAUGAUCAAUCCUGGUGAAAUUAUGACCAUCAGGUGGGCCCAGGCCAACGUCAAUGCUACCGCCUUAAAUGUCGCUCCCUUCAACUUGGUUCUCCGUGCCUUGACCGGGCAGAGUUAUGACCUCAACAAAGGAAUUAAGCAAGAUCUGCUUCAGGUGCAGGCCACCAUUCCCAGCGAGGCAACCGGUGGACUGCAUAGUUUUUACGCAGACUACACAGGAGCUGAUGAUCUGAAAAGUGUCAGCACGAACCAGUUCAAUGUUAGUGGCGCAAUUGUCACAACCACGAGCCCUGUGCCUGCCCCCACGGGCACCACAGCUACUGGCGCUGCCGGAGCGAAUGCAACACCGACCCAUGACGCUGGGCAAUCAGGACUCUCUGGCACCGUCUUGGGCGGCAUCAUCGGCGGAGUGGCUGCCUUCCUCAUACUUGUCGCACUCAUCUUCUUCUUCAGACAUCGCCGUCGCGUUCGCGAACGUAGCGAGCACACUCGUUUGGAGGAUACAAAGGAUAGCUAUAGCGAGACAUCCAUUGCCCGCUCCGGUCCUCCAGGUGGACCAGCCAUCUUUAACGAUAAGGAAGCUGACAUGGUACCAGUCCCUCUGUCAGGCCCUAGCCCACGUCCUCCUCGUCCAGAUGAGCACCAACAAGAUGGCGGCCCUCGAUCCCAGCACCCGAUGUAUGCAAGCAGCAAUGGUAUCAGGAAUCCCUUUGAUGGACCAGAGGAGACAGCUAUGGCUUCUGUCGUGAUGGGCGGGGCCACAUCCCUCUCGCCCAGGCAGCAGCACCAGCCCUAUCAACCUCCCCAGCUCAACCAGCAGCCUUCUCGCCCAAUGCAGCAGCAGCAGCAGCAGCAGCAGCCCUACGGCAUGGGUAGCCCCAUGCAGCGCACCCAAAAUCCCUAUCAGCAGAACCGCGACUCGAUCGAGUCUGAACCCGAGUCCGCGUAUGAUCCCGCUCACAUUCGUAUGACGAACACCAACAAUGGCGGCAAUGCACCGAUCCAGCGUAACGACUCGAACUCAAUGAUGCAUGCAGGCGCAAUUGGACCACCCUCGGAGCGAUCAAUCCUGAGUAACCCUCGCCAGCAGCACCAACAGAACCCCUUCCAGGACCGUGAGCUUAUGGCUGCGGCUACCGGUGCUGCUAUUGGUGUUGCUGCCCAUCAACAGGACUCGAACCUUCCUGUUCAGGCUCAACGUCAACCUGCGCAGAACCAGCACGUGAACAAUGUGGUGCCAAGCCAGAGCCCCAUGUUCCGCUCUACUACGCCUCGCUUGAGGGAAAUUGAGAUGCAGCCAUUAGACGUCCAACAGCAUCAAUAUGAGCAACAACAGCGCAUGUUGCAGCGUCAGCAACAGCAGCAACAGCAGCAGCUGCUGCAACAACAGCAGGAGCAACAAGAAAAGGCAAUUCCUCAACCUGCUCCGCAGCUGGCAUCCCAGCCUCCCCAGAUCCAGGCUCCAGCAUCUGCCGCUGCGCCAGCACCUAUUCCUACACCUGCACCUGCAGAGACAGCUGCGCCCGCUCAUCCAUUCAACCCUACACUGUACGAUGACAAGACCGAGCUCGAUGAAGACGGUGCGCCUGUCUAUAACGGCUACCGCGAUACCAUCUUUGGUGCCUACUCUCAGCCUUUAGGUGACGACGAGGAUGACGACGAGGAAGAAGCCCCGGUACCCAUUGUUCCUCUAUCAGCUUUGGCCAAGACACGGCCUGCGGAGCAACAGUCGGCCCAAGGUACGAGUACCACCGAGGGUGCGCCUGGGGUCCAGCGUAAGAAAUCCGUCAAGUUCACGGGCGUUCCUGUCUCCGGUCCUAUUGAGGUCUCAGCGACGAACCAAAGUCAGGCUCAGCCAUCUCAGUUUCAGCACCAGCACCAAGAGCGCUUGAGUCACCAUGGCGACGACGAAAGCGACGAUGAUUACGAGGACGUAUACGAGGAUAGGAGUGAGGAUGAGGAUGAUAUCAAGAUGAGACUCAUGGAGACCGAGGUCCCAAGCCCGGCUUCUGCCCACGCGCGCCCUCCUGUCAUAAACACAUCCCCAUCUAGCAGCGUCCCUAUGGUCCAGCAGCAGCAACAGAAUGCGCUCUCGCCUGUUCGCUCCCCGGACGGAACUUAUAGCGCUGCUUCAAGUCCGUUCCAGCAGCAGCGCCAGCCGCAGUAUCCUGUUCCUUUAAAUACUCAACCACAGAUGAAUUUUUCCAGCUCAGGAUCUGUGUCCUCGAUAGGCGAUGGAUUCUACCAGGAUGUUCUUGCGGCGGUUGAUAAGAACGCGAGGACGCUUCCUUCUGCGACUUCCCCAACGUCGCCUACGCAAUAUAUCCAGCAGCAACGUACCCCGGCCCAUCAGCUCCACCAUCUGCAGCCCAUUCAUGUGGAGCGUGAGGUCUUUGGUGCACCUUCACCUAGGAUGACCCCAUCUUCUGCCGCUAACAACAAUAACCAGCAGCAGCAGCAGCAGCAACAACAAGGCAGCGGAUACCCUUCACCACCAACACCUACAUCUUCGAAGCCCGCGUUGUCGCCCCGAUCUGCAGCUCGCCCCCCAGUGGGUCAGAAGCAACAGCAGCAGCAGGAGCAGAGACAUCCGGCUGAUGCAGAUUUCUACGAGUCCUCGCUUCUGUAA